CAUGCUGCUGAGAACCAGCCCCAGGAGGUUUCUGGAGCAGCACCUUCUCUUGGUGGAGAGCACGGAGCAGCAGCAGCAGCCGGCUCGGGAACCGCUCCCGAAUCCAUUCAUGACUGAGGAACCUCCCGCCCCAGCCGAGCCCGAGCUGCCGCCCUCCAACCUCACCAACGCCACGGACUGCGGCGAGGAGAUCCUGCUCUAUGGGGACACCGAGAAGGUCGUCAUCGGGGCCGUGCUCUCCAUCAUCAUCCUCACCACCAUCGCCGGCAACGGGCUGGUCAUCAUCUCCGUGUGCAUCGUCAAGAAGCUCCGGCAGCCCUCCAACUACCUGGUGGUGUCCCUGGCCGCCGCUGACCUGUCGGUGGCCUUUGCUGUCAUGCCCUUUGUCACCAUCACGGACCUGGUGGGGGGCGAGUGGCUCUUUGGGAAGGUGUUUUGCAACGUGUUCAUCGCCAUGGAUGUGAUGUGCUGCACUGCCUCCAUCAUGACCUUGUGCAUCAUCAGCGUGGACAGGUACCUGGGCAUCACGCGCCCGCUGACCUACCCCGUGCGGCAGAACGGCAAGCUGAUGGCCAAGAUGGUUUUCAUCGUGUGGCUCCUGUCGGCCUCCAUCACCCUCCCUCCGCUCUUCGGCUGGGCCCAGAACGUGACGGUGCAGCGCGUGUGCCUCAUCAGCCAGGAUUUCGGCUACACCGUCUACUCCACGGGCGUGGCCUUCUACAUCCCCAUGGCCGUCAUGCUGGUGAUGUACAGCCGCAUCUACAAGGCGGCCAAGGUGAGCGCCGAGAAGCAUCGCUUCAUGAACUUCCCCAAGCACUACGAGGACGAGGGCGUCUACUGCCUGGAGGCCUCCUCCGGCCGCGCCCACCACAGCUCCCGGCGCACCAAGGCCGCCGAGGAGUGCGCCACGCUCUCCAAGCUGCUCCGCCAAGACCGCAAGAACAUUUCCAUCUUCAAGAGGGAGCAGAAAGCGGCCAGGACCCUCGGGAUCAUCGUGGGGGCCUUCACGUUCUGCUGGCUGCCUUUCUUCCUCAUGUCCACGGCGCGGCCGUUCAUCUGCGGCAUCCGCUGCAGCUGCAUGCCCUUGAGGUUGGAGAGGACUCUGCUCUGGUUGGGCUACACCAAUUCCCUCAUCAAUCCCCUCAUCUACGCCUUCUUCAACAGGGAUUUGAGGACUACCUUCUGGAACCUGCUGCGCUGCAGGUACAGGAACAUCAACAGGAGGCUCUCGGCCGCCAGCAUGCACGAGGCGCUGAAAGCCACGGAGAGGCACGAGUGCAUCCUGUAG